AUGCAAAUAAUUAGUAUUAUUUUAAGUUUAAUUCUUAUACUAACGAUUAUAUUUCAUCGUACACUUCAUACAAUUCCUAAUUUAUUAACGGCUAAUUCUAGUUUAGCCAUAUUUAUCUAUGCUUUUGUUGUUAUUAUUCAAAUUAUUGUUGGAUUACAAUCAAAAGAUAAAGGGAAAGAAGAUCUAUGUAUAUUUCUAUCUUAUUUCACAGCUAUAGCAAUAGAUGUAAUAUGUUAUUCUUAUCUAGUCACUGCUAUAAGCCAAUAUUUUUUUAAUAUCUUAUAUCGUCGAAAAUAUUUGUUAACAUUUCGUAUUCAUUGGCUCAUUAUUAUUAUUAGUUGGUGUAUUAGUUGUUUUCUUCCACUUUUUUUAUAUCUUUCUGGUGCACUUCAAUAUUCAUCUGAAAUGCACAUGUGUACCUUGAAAAUGUCUGUUCAAUGGGCUCUAUUUAUUUAUAUGGGUGCCGCUCUUGGUAUACCUUUCUUUGGUAUAGUUGGUAUAUAUCUUUAUAUUACACGUCAUAUAAGACGUAUAAAUACCAUGACUAUUGCAAUUACAACUUCAUUAUCAACAGCAAAAAGAGAUUUACAUGUUCUUAAAAAUAUACUUACAUUAAUCGGUAUUCUAGGUACAGCUGGAUUACCAAAUAUUAUUCUUGUCAUUUGGAAUGCUUUUUCAUUAGAUGAAGCACCUGUUUCACUUUAUCUCAUAUGUGUUCUUACGAUUAGUUUUUGUACAAACAUACAAAUUUCAUUUAUUUUUGUUAUGAAUAAGAAUGUAAAAGUUGUUUUUUGGAAUCAUGUACAACGUAUAUUACAUUGA